AUGAGCAUCACACAAACAUACUACCUGGCCCACACGGCUCGCAAGAAGCUCACCCGUGAGGCUUCCCGGCCCGACCAUGACUUGCGCCUCCUGGUUGGCCAUGCCAACCUCCUCGACUCCUUGAUGCUGGACCUUGCCGAUGCCGAGCGGGAACAGGAACGCUGGUUCAACCAAACCGUCAGCGGUGCUUCCAAGGCCUCACAUGAAGAGUCCUCCCGUCACAUCCAAUGGGCCUCGACCGUGGUCGAGGAGCCCGAGGAGGACUGGGACCCGGAAGAUGCGUCCGACCUGGAGUCCGACGCCAGCGACAGUGAUGAGGAUGAUUCCGACUUUGACGAGAACGAAUUUGUCAUUAAUACCCCCGCCCGCCUGCGUUCCCCGCCGCCGGUGGUCGAGUCCGCCUUGCUGGAGGACUAUGAGGACGACACCGACUCGGACUUCGAGUACGACGAUGUUGAGGAUUUGGAAGAGCUCAGUCUCACCCGUUCUCCUUCGCGGCAAUCACCGCCCGAGCUGUUGGCAGACUCGGACGACUCGUCGGAGGAGGACGAGGGCAUGCCGCCCUCCCCGUCCCAGCCCACGUUGGAAGUCUUCGACGAGAAGGCGCCAACCACUAUGGCUAUCCCACUGGCCAACGACGCCCACCAGGACCAUCUGUUUGACUCAGGGUAUUACGUUUCACAAGAGCAGAGCACGAUGAUCGAGGCGUAUUGA